CUUACAGCCCUCCCCUUUGCCUCUCUGCCCCCUUCGCAUCUCUGCCUUUUCCCAUCCCUCCCCUUCGCAUCUCUGUCCCCGCACACCUCCUGCCCCUCUCCCCUUCUCACUCCUGCCUGCCCGGCUCUCAGCCCUCUGUGCUCUGCCCCUGGCACCCUCCACCCCUCCGUAUCUCCUCCUCGCCGCCUCCCUGCGCCCCUGCCCAGCCCCGGUUCCCCGCAGCCUCCGGGCCGUCCGUGCCCCGCUCCAGCCCCGCUGAGCCCGGCCCGGAGCCGCCCGCGAUGCCGGUGCCGGUGUCGCUGCCGGUGCCGGUGCUGGGGCUGGUGCUGGUGCUGGGGGCCCGGGCGGGUGCCGGGGGUGGCUGCCAGCUCCCUGCCGAGUGGCGGCCGCUCAGCGAGGGCUGCCGGGCCGAGCUGGCCGCGAUCAUCGUGUACGCGCGGGUGCUGGCGCUGCACCCCGACCCCUACGGCGCCUACAACUACCUGCCCUGGCAGAGGGGCCCCCCCGGCGGCCCCCAGCACGGAGCGGGGGACCUCUUCUACUCGGCCGAGAUCGAGCUGCUGUGCGACCAGGCGUGGGGCAGCAUGCUGGAGGUGCCCGCCGGCUCCCGCCUCAACCUCACCGGCCUCGGCUACUUCUCCUGCCACUCGCACACCGUCAUGCAGGGCUACGCUUAUUUCUUCUUCCUCCGAAUGGAUGAGAACUACAUCCUCCUGCCACACGGAGUCAACUUCCAGGAGGCGAUUUUCCCUGACACCCAGGAGAACAGAAGAAUGUUUGCCAGCCUUUUCCAGUUUUCCAACUGCUCGCAGGCACAGCACGUGCUGAGCUUCUCCAGUGACUGGGAGAUUCAAGAGGACAACCGGCUGAUGUGCUCCUCGGUGCAGAAGGCCCUGUUUGAGGAGGAGGACAGGGUGAAGAAGCUGCAGCAGAAGGUGGCAGCGCUGGAGAAGCGCAACAAGCAGCUGCGAGAGCGAGUGAAGAAAGUCAAGAGGUCUCUCCGGCAAGCCAGGAAAAACUCCAGGCACAUGGAGCUGGUGAACAGAAAGCUCAGUGAGAAACUUUCCUCUGCAGGUGGUCAAAUGCCCUAUAUUAACUCUUUGAAGCAGGAGAACCACCACGGUACCUACCUGAAAGUAUAAUGCAGGGUAAGUGCUCAGGCCAGUGAGUUUUGUCUGCAUUAGAUCAGGGUCUGGCCCUCACACCUUGUCUAUGCUGUGCUUCAAACCUUGCAUGGAAAAUGAAUCUGACCUUGCUUUAGACACAGUGCCAGAUUAAACAGGAAUGCCAGCUGGAUUUGGCACAGCCCAAAGCCUUGUCCUGCUGUUCUCAGUGGACACAGGGCCUGACAAUCACCUGUGCUUCUCCUCCCUCACCCAGCGGCACCUCCAGCUUUAGGCUGCGUUUGAUGCAAGUGCCAGCCCAGACCUCUGGGCCAUUGCAGGCACUUGACACAGGAGCUCCUCCCGCCAGUUUACCUCCUCCUCAUGAGCUGGGCAAGCAAGGCUUGGGAUCUAGAGAUGGAUGUGGUGGGAAGGAUGAAGGCAUGGGUGCCCUUCACUCCCUUACCACCCCCAGGCUCUCAGCCUUGCUUGAGCUUGACUGAAGUCUUCACCCAGUGCCUGGGCAUAGGCCAUGUCCAAGACUCAGGCAGUUUGUGGCUCUCUUCAGCACAAAAUAUAGAUGUGCCUAUAUUGUCUUAAGACUGUCCCUAUAUAUCUUUAAAUAUUCUAAAUUGAAUAUAUAUCAACUUUUAUUUUUCCAAAAAGUGCCUCAAGGCUCUCAGUAACUCCCUGAGUGCCUUUAUCACUGGUCAGCCAACUGGGUUGGAAACCACAUCAUUUUGGGACUGUGUCUAAGACCAAAUCCUGCAGUCAGGAGUGGACUUAGCCUAUGAGUGGGUGUUGGAUCAGGCUCAGCAGGCAGUUUCAGAUCCCAUUCUCAAGCAGGUUUAAUUACAGUGUGGACAAAGCUUCAAGUUUUGUAGUCACUGAGGUAUAAUGGAGGUUGCUGGGCAGCCUCACUUAGUUACAUUUAAAACCUGUAGAGACCACAUCAAUAUCAACAGGGCAUUAAAAAUUUAGGUAGUUUAAAUAUGUAUAUAUUUUAAAAUCCUAUAGAAAAUAUUUUUAUUACACAUUUGAUAUAGUCUAAUUUCUUAAAAUAUGAAGUAAAACCUGUUUCUUGGUUGUCUCAUAAAGAA